UGAAAGGAUCGGGUUUUCCAAGGGGUUUUUAGAGGUCGACCUUCCAUUAAUUAUAUAUGAUGUUCAUACCUUAUGUAAACACUUAUUUUGUAGCCAGUGUUACCUAAAAAUGACCAAUGACUUGCCAUUUGAGCACUCUACCCUAUUUUGCACAGGAAAUGUGGUGGUGUUCACGGAUGAAACCUCUGAGAUCCACAACCAAAACCCGUUUGCUCUCUUCCGUCUCACUCUUAUGACUGUUUGGAAAUCUAAAAUCUCAUUCCGUGGCGCCGCUUCUGCAACCCAUCCCAUGAAUGACUUAAAAGCAAGCACAUGAAGCCACUGAUUGAGAAACACCAUCAAGUCCAAAAAAAGCUCACAUUUUUAUCUCUCUAUGAAUCUUGCGUCCAUCAAAACUCUCACCCAACAUGGUAGAUUGAAGCAAGCAAUAAGUUUUAUAAUCCAUAUGCGUCAUCAAGGUAUGUUUGUCCCCACAGACUCUUUCUCUCUCAUCUUUCAUAGCUCUGCAACAUCUAAAUCUUUAAUGGAAGGCAAACAGCUUCAUGCCCAUGUUAUAGUUUCGGGGUUCCAGCCCGAUCUCUAUCUUUCGAACCAUUUGAUGAACAUGUAUUCUAAAUGUGGGUGCUUAGAUCACAUUGAAUCGGUUUUUCGCGAAAUGGGUAGAAAGAAUUUGCACUCAUGGAACACCAUGCUUGCCUGUUAUAGCAAAUUGGGUUUCAUCAGUGAUGCUCGUAAUCUAUUUGAUAAAAUGCCUCAUAGAGAUUCAGUCUCUUAUAACACCAUGAUUGCAUGUUAUGAUAAGUAUGGGCCUUGUGAAAAUGCGUUAGAAGUUUUUAGAGCAAUGAAACUUUCAGGUUCGAAAGUGGAUCAUUUCACAGUUUCUAGUGUUAUUAGUGCUUGUAUGAAUAUAAGUUUUCUAUGUCAAGGGAGACAAGUGCAUUCUGAUGUUAUUAAGAUUGGGAUUGGUCUUAAUGUCUAUGUGGGUAGUGCUCUUGUUGAAUUCUAUGGUAAAUGUGGUGAUAUAGAUGAGGCUAGGAAGGUUUUUGAAAGCAUGCCUGAUAGAGAAGUGUUUUCAUGGAAUACUAUGUUAUUGGGGUAUGUUCAAAGUGGUAGAAUUGAAGACGGAAUUCUGUUUUUUGAAGAAAUCCCAUGUAAAAAUGUGGUUUCAUGGACUACGAUAAUAUCAGGGUGUGUACGCUGUGGUUGGAGGGAUAAAGCUAUUCAUUUCUUCAGUGGGCUGCGUCUGGCUAACUUGAAGCCUGAUUUGGUUGGUUUUGUGAGUAUUGUGAAUGCAUUUUCAGCCUUAUAUUGCCUUGAGGAAGGCCAAAAGGUCCAUGGUUUGAUUAUAAAAGCCGGAUUUGAAUCAAAUUUGGUCGUUGGGAAUGCCCUUGUGGACAUGUAUGCAAAAUGCGGUAGCUUAGACUGUGCAAGUAGAGUAUUUGAAAUUAUGCACUAUAUGGAUGAAUAUUCAUGCUCGGUUUUGAUUUCUGAGUAUGCAAAGUAUGGAUUAAUAGAUUAUGCAUGUGAGUUUUUUGAAAGUUCAAAAGUGAAGGAUAUUUCCUCAUGGAAUGCUUUGAUCGCUGGUUAUUCUGAACUAGAAAGAGAUUGGGAGGCUAUAGAGAUUUUUAGAGCGAUGAGGAUGGAGGGUGUGAAGGCUGAUGAAUUCACUUAUGGUUCCCUCAUUCGGGGUUGUUAUUUAUAUGGAUUACGAUAUGGCAUGCAACUUCAUUCACAAACUAUUAAAAUUGGCAUAGAUUCUAGUGUAUAUGUGGGUAGUUCCCUUAUUGACAUGUAUACUGAAUUUUUUUAUUGUCAAGCAGGGAGGAUGGUCUUUGAUGCUAUCUAUGAAAAGAACCUUGUUUCUUGGAAUGCCAUGAUUAAUGGGUAUGCACAAAAUGAGAUGGGGCUGGAGGCCUUAGAGCUAUUUUGUCAAAUGCGAGCUUUAAGAGUGGAAAUAGACCGUGUCACUCUUUCUUCUGCUCUCAAUGCAUGUACUAGUUCAUUGGCAUUAAGCAUGGGAAAUCAAAUCAACGGGGUCAUACAUAAAGCUGGUUAUGUGCAUGAUGUUGUGGUUGGGACUUCUCUUAUUGACAUGUAUGGUAAAUGUAGGGACAUGGACCAUGCAUUAUGUGCAUUCUCCACGAUAACCCAACAUAGUGUUUUCUCAUGGACUGCAUUGCUUGGGAGCUAUGUCAAAUGUGGAAUGUGGGAAUCUGCAAAUGAAUUAUUUGAAAAGAUGCCAGAAAAGAACAUUGUUUCUUGGAAUACAAUGCUCUCUGGCCAUGCCCAAAAUGGGUCUGGGUUUGAAGCAAUAAAACUUUAUUCAUUAAUGUUAAAAUCGGGUGAGUUGCCUGAUGGGAUAAGUUUAAUAUGCUUGUUGGCUGUUUGUAGCAAUCAUAUACUGGAAGAACAAGGUAAACAGGUUCAUAGUCAUGCCAUUAAGACGGGGUAUUACAUGAAUUUGUCGGUCAAAAGUGUGAUCAUCAAUAUGUAUCACAAGCUUUGGAACCCAAAUAAGUCGGUACUCGAAGUGUCUGAGCAGGCUGCCAUCUCUUGCAAUAUGUUGAACGUGUGAUGCUAAGGGAGGCUUCUAUUUUGGUUAACUUGGUGAAUCAAGUUUGAUGUUGGACAUGGUUAGGACACUGAUCUUUUGAAGUGUUGAUGAUGAUAUAUAAGGUUCAGCAAAUGGGUAGGGCAUUGAUUUCAAGUGGCCACGAAAGAUUCUUUGGGAAAUUAGAGGGAGAACAAGUGGGUUCUCUUCUCUUGCUAAUGACCAAGUUAGAUGGGGUCAUUCAGUUGACAAAUUACAUGGAAGCACUAGGCAACAUUGCUAGUGCAAGAGCUAGCGAUGGUUCAACGACAAUUUUAGAAACUCCAUUCCAGUAUAAACUUUUGAAGCCCAUGGGUUCCUUGACUGCUUUUUGCCACCUAUUGAAAUACACCUUACUAUAUAUUACAAAUGAAUUGAUAUUAAGUAUCUGAACAAGUUAGAUGUUACUGAGGCAGUGAUUCCACCUUUGAUCUAUCAGAGGAAGCAAGUGAGGAUUCCAUUAAGAAAGGAGGAGGCUAGCAGAAGCCAAGUUAUAGUCUGUUCUAAUACAAUUGAACAAGAUUUUUGUAUCCUUGGCACUCAUGAAAGAUGGCAACAAAGCCAUUGGCAAACAACAGCUCAUUGUUAAUAAUUUGCAAUUUGCAAGUGGCCCAUGGGACCAUUUGCUAUCAACUUAAUUGACGAAGAGGUUCAGAUUCUACAAAUGAGGUUGGGUCCUGUGUUCGCCUCUCUUUUCAACAUGCUCUUCAUGACUGGAUGAUUCAGGUUUAUUCAGUGAAAGGAAAAAGCAAGGAGAACGGAACAACAUCUUACCUCCCCCAUGCUGGGGGCUUAAUUGGCAUUUUGUUUGGCCCCAAAUUUGGCACGUUCAUCCUCUUGUUGCCAACAAAGAAGAUUGUGAGAAUUUUUUUUAAAAAAUCUCCAAAAUGGUGUUUUACGAGUGAUCACAUGCAACAAAUGUGCACUAUCCAUUUAGAAAAAAAAAAGGGUGUUAGAUCAAGGUCCUUAGUGGUUUUAUUUAACCUCAAAUUUGUCGAUUGUCUCAUUAUCAUCAGAUGAACAAUCAAAAAAAAAAAAAAGGAUUAUGGGCUUCUUUAUCGGGACCAAGAGGAUGCGCCUGCUAUUUUAGGGCUACAUGGUUCUAACAACUGUUUUUGGCCUCUAGAUUGAUUACAUCUGAUUCAAAGUUCUAACAACUAUAUUUUGCCUGUGCAUGUAUUUGUAAUGCUCAGGCAUGGUGCGUGCAUAAUAAAAAAAAUUUCAUGUGCAUACAUUGAACCAUACAUGCAUGUAUCUAUGUAUUAUGUAUGUAUAUAUGAG